GGCUCUUCUUGCACGGCUUUCCUGCAAUCAUCUUUCGACUUCCUGAGCUUAGCCGAAGCUCAUGUUGGUUCUGCCACAAUUCGGCAGGGAGCUCUGAUGAGGAACAUCCGCCGAGUGCAUUGAUCAGGUAGCGCUCAUUUCAGGCCUAUAUCAAUGAUAAGCGAGAUUCAAGGUAAGUACUUUUUGUCGAACCGCCAGAUCUCGGUUCAGGAUUUUGGCAGUUGAAGCAGGUUAAGUCUCUGUCAAGGUCUAAAGAAACUGGCAGAAACGUUCUCAGUGAUCUCCGAACAGAGCGAAUGGCAGACACAUAACAAAUUUUCCCCAAGAGUGGAGGCGGAUUUCGUAUCUCUCGUACGGAACACCAAAAGUCUCCUGCAGGUACGAAGUGACCAACCCUUUCUGUUCACUCCGAUGUCCUUCUUUGGGUUCUAAUUUCCUAUCGUGGGAAGGAAACAUUCAAGGGGUCUACGAAUGGUGAGAGUGGUGGAGCCAGAGCCACCACUUGUGUCUAUCCCAUGUCAGAAGUUCAAACUUCACCUGAUCCACUUGUGCAGGAUGAUUGACCCCACCCAAGAUCUGAUCGGAGAAACAUACCCACAAUAAAUGUCAAAUGAGCUGACUUAAAGGCUCAAUUCCGGAAGAUUUUGAUACUGCCGGGAUGGGAAAACUUUCCGAUCCGGUGUCUCGCGGUAGAGGUUCAUCUAUUGCGCGCUGACUGCGCCCAUAGACUGAAGAGGACGUCAUUAGCACCGUACAUAACUAGAAUAGACUACCCAGCUCCGGUGUGUGUUCUGCAGCCCAUCUGGGAUCUCCAUUCUUUUGUUCUAACUAUCGUCACUCGUUCAUUCGUUUCUACUUUCACAAUGUAUUUUUCUUCUGCCAAUUUUCUGGCGCUUGCAACCUUCCUUGCAAGUGCUGCUUCUACGCCAAUAACUCUACACAAUAAUGGCUCUUUUCUCCUGGAUGAGCGGGCAACGCCCACUGCACUUACUGCAGGCACUCUCAAUAACAUGAAAUACUAUGUUCAGCAUGCCGCAGCUGCAUACUGUAAUGCUAAAGCAGCAAAGAUUGGCUCGAAGAUAUCUUGUGGCAAUAACGCUUGUCCAGCCGUAGCUGCGAACUCAGUAACCAACUACGCAUAUCUGGGAUUUGAUCAAUCUCAAGUCUCGGGAUAUGUUGGCAUUGAUUCGGCGAACAAGGCAAUCGUCAUCUCAUACAAAGGGACAAAGUCUCUCGCUAACCUCAUUGCUGAUCUUCUUAUUCCCAAAGAAUCAUGUUCAGAGCUUGUUAAAGGUUGCAAGCUUCACCAAGGAUUCUUCUACGCAUGGGGAGACGUUAAAAGCACCACAAUGAGAGCAGUGAGAAGCGCCAAGGCUACAUACCCCUCAUACUCAAUUGUCCUCACCGGUCAUAGUCUUGGAGGGGCCGUAGCGACGAUUGCUGCUGCGUAUCUGAGGAAGGAAGGUUAUGCAUGCGACGUAUACUCAUACGGCAGUCCGCGUGUUGGUAAUGAAGCCUUCGUCAAUUUCGUGGACGCCCAGGCAGGAGCUCACUACAGAGUGACACACACCGACGACCCCAUCCCAAGGUACCCAGGAAGGACCUUUGGUUUCUAUCACACGAGUCCUGAGUUCUGGCUUUCUACUGGAAGUGCGAAGACUACCUCUUAUAAUCUUCCCGACAUCAAAGUCUGCACUGGUACCAAGAACGGUAACUGCAACGCUGGCACUUCAAAUAUUUUCUGGACAGCGCACAGCUACUACUUUCAGGAUGUGAGUGUCUGCAGCGGAUAA